AUGCUGGAAAGGACGGCAGCGACCAUUGAGCCGAGCAGUCUCCAGCGUGUGCUUCCCUCGACCAGGCUCCGUCUGCACAGCCGUCGCCAGCUUCAUACUGCCUUCUGGCACCAUGGGGCUGCUGACUUAGAGCUUAUUGAUGCCUGCCAGGCCCUCAUGCGCCAGCCUCCCCUUGAAACGAAGACAGCCGCAAUGCCUGCAAAAUCGAACAAGACGACGGAUACCACGACGGCACCCGCUGUUCUUCUCGACUUCCUGUAUCCCGGUGGCAUUGCGGCGCUUUUUCGGAGGCCCUAUUUGGUUCAUUCGCUGCGGCUCGAGGCGGCCUCACGGCCGCGGCUUCUCAUGUCACGACUCUUCACGUCAUCGGCCCCAGGCCGUUCUGCCGAGCCGCUUCCCAGCCAAGAAGAAUCGCCGGAUGAGGUGGGGAAUGGGGUGUCGGGAGAGGUUGUUGGAGAGGUUGUGGGAGACAGGGAGUCCUUGGCUGUCCAAGGGUCAAUCCCCUACGAGCUGAUCAGUCAAGUAUACCAAGAGCCCGAGUGUGGGUACGAGGAGGCGUUGCGGAGGCUCCUGAACUCUGAUAACCGUGCUGGCGCCGAUGAUUAUGAUCGAAUUUUCUGGUAUUACAAAAAUCUCGAUCCCCAGGCCAAACACGGGUUCACGACGCCUGUUUUGCUCGCUCUUUCAGCAUCAUCCCGACCGGUUGAGGCGUGGAGGGUCAAUGAUCUAUUCUCUCUCUACCAGGUCAACGAGUGGACCGAAGAGGUUGUUUGCGCUGUUAUCAAUGCGCAGCUCACAUUGGAGAAUGUGCCGGCAGCCAUGUCAAUUUUCAGAUCCGCAUUAGAGGAACGCGGAUUCACCCGAGGAUUGGAUUACCUGGCUGCCUACGGACUCGACAACUCGGCAUGGGGCAUGGUUCUUGAAUCCUUGGAACUGUACUCCAAUGUCAGACAGGAUACCGACCUAGCAGCCGGGUCAUCCCUGGUCCAGGAGACUGAGGCGUUCACUGACUCGAGGGUCGCUCAGAAUUCUGGGUCAAUUGAGUCGACAGAAACCGGAGGGGCUGCUGAGUCUGUCGACGGGUCUGCGGCGGCCCAUGAUGCCAGUUCUGCCGUUGGCUUGGAGCCGGAACAGAGCUGGGAAACAUAUCCGACGUCAGAAUCGGCAGAUGGCCCUGCGGCGGAAAGGAAGGUCGGAACAUUUCCGACGGUAGCCAGGGUGACUGAUUUCGCGGUCAAAGUGAGUCAGCUGUAUAAGUCCUUCGAGGAUGACCCAGAGAGUAUGCACCAUCGCACAGGUUUAGUCGAUGCAUUUCUUGCCAACAUUGCAAGAAACUCGUUGGACCUAUUUCGGCCGUCCGAUGCUGUGUUUAUUCUCGACCGCGUCGGGGAUAAACGCUCAUAUGAAAGUUACAUCCUCUCCAACCUGGAACGCGGUCGGAGAAGAAUUGUUACCGACCUCUACUGGAAAUACAGGGCACUCCCAGGGAUACGUGUCGCCCAAUUUGUCUUGCGCGCCAUGAUCGAUGUCUUCCACCCGCACAACGUACGAGGGAUGGAACAAGUUCUUGCGGACUGGUACCAGGUUUAUGACCGGUUAGACGAAAGGACAUACCGGAAGUUCAUGACUUUCUAUAGCGGCCGGGGCGAUGUCAAGUCGGUCAUGCGUUUGGCUGAGGAGUACGCCAAGCAUCACAACAGGCAGGUGGAGCAGGAUCCCGAGUUGGUCGUUACCGUCAUGAAAGCCUACGCAGUUAAAGGUGACUGCGAGGCGGUCCGUCGGGUCAUGGAGGAGGCUGUCGAGAAGACAGGAGUGCCGCCCGAUACAGUAAUGUGGAACGUCCUGCUCGACGCCCACAAAAGGGUGAAUGACUACGAAGGGGCUCUAAAGAUUUUUUUCAAUGUUUGUGAAAACUAUGAGCCCGACCUAACCACUUUCGGAACCAUCAUGGGCAUGGCGGCCCGGCGCGGUGACCUUGAAUUCACACUGGAAAUCUUCCAGCUGGCCCAGGAGCGACAACUACAACCGAACUUGAAUCUGAUUCAGGCAUUGGUGGAGGCAUACUGCCAGAAUGACCGGUACGCCGAGGCCGAGAAACUCUGCGUCGACGUUACCGAGAAUCGCGAGGUGCCUGGCGACUACACAUUGUUGUGGAACAAGCUCCUUGAACAUCACGCCAAACGGCGGAACUUGAUGGGCGUCAACCGCCUCCUGGGGAUCAUGUCGGCUAAGGGUAUCAUCUACAACCAAGACACAUACAGUCAUCUCCUCUUGGCGCUGCUGUAUUGCCGACAAGCUCAACAUGCCAUGCAUCUCCUGAGGCUUGCCCACCGCGAAGGUGUCUUCAAUCCCACCCCUGAUCACUUCAUCCUCCUCAUGGCGGCUUUCAUGAAAGCUGGAGAACCGGAUAUGGUGCUGAAGACCAACCAGCUGAUGGCACAGAUGGCAUUUCCCGAGUCCGCAGCUCGCUUGAGAAAUGUCAUUGAUGCCCUCGGCAGGUGGCAGGAGCUCCCGCCACACCAUAGACAAGGGCUUGACGGGCAGCACUUCCUCAAACUAGUCCUGAAAUACUUUUACAGAGCCAUGGACAGGGUCGACGAGGGCGCACCCGACAGUGAGGGCUCUAUUAUCAGCCUCUACUCCAAGGUGCUCUUCAUCCUGACGCAAAUGCGCGAGCAUGCGACGGUAGAGCAGCUGAUAGAGCUGUACAACUCCCGGUUCCCCCAGCGCUCCUCGCCCCAAGCUAUCCCCAUCAAGCUGCUGCACAACAUCAUGCUCGCGGAUUUUUACGAAGAAAAAUACGACCGGGUCAAGGAGACGUGGAAGGUCGUGGUGCAGCGGACAACACGGCGGUACGCGGUGGCGUCAGCGCUCCGCAACGGGGAUUUGGAGGAGGCAUCCAAGCCGGUCGCGUACGCGAUGCGAUUCCGCCUAAGCGACCCGCUCAAGACGAUGCAGCGACUGUACGUCGCAGAGGGAGACGCGCAAGGGCUCAUGGACACUGUCGCCGAGAUCCGCAAUCUAGGGUUCGAGCUCGACAGUAAGAACUGGAACUACUACGUUCAGGCGCUCGCCAAGCUCAAGGAGUGGCGCCAGGCGUUUGAGGCGUGCGAGCAGGUGCUUAUGCCACACUGGAACGGCUGGGCCAUGGUGCGCAGGUGGAAGCGGACAGGCAAGUACCAACUCCCGCUGGAGCUGCGCCGCAGCGAGGACCCCAGCAGGCCCAGGCCCAUAUCCCACACCCUGAUGGUGCUGGCAAAGGAGUACAGGGACCUGGACCAGAUACGUCUCUGGUCGCAAGCGGCGGCGAGCGAGAUUCACUACAUCGAGGAAAAUUGUCCCAAGACAGUCCUUGCCAUCACUACCAUGAGAGCCACGGGGUCGCCGGUCGAGGUCGCCAUCCUUGGA